GGGCCAAGAUGGCGGCACGCCGGGGACGCAGAGACAGAGUCGCGCCACCUGCAAGUGGCGGCUCCGGGCCUGAUCCCGGUGGUGGAGUCCGCGGCAGCGGCUGGGGAAGUUGGAGCCAAGCGCCGCAUGGGACCGUGGGCGCCUUUAGCGGCGGUGAACAGGUGCUGCUGCCUGAAGAGGGGGAAGAUGCUGGCUUUGUCAGUCUGUCUCGGCUGGGCCCCUCUCUGAGAGAUAAGGACCUGGAGAUGGAGGAGCUGACACUGCACGACGAGGCGCUGUUGGGGACCGUGCAGAGCUACAUGGAUGCCUCCCUUAUCUCGCUUAUUGAGGACUUUGGGAGCCUUGGAGAGAGCAGAUUAUCUCUGGAGGACCAGAAUGAAGUGUCGCUGCUCACAGCUCUGACGGAGAUCUUGGACAAUGCAGAUUCUGAGAACCUGUCUCCAUUUGACAGCAUUCCUGACUCGGAACUACUUGUGUCUCCUCGAGAGGGCUCUUCUCUACACAAGCUGCUCAGUCUUUCUCGAACACCUCCAGAACGAGACUUCAUCACCCCACUUGACCCUUUAGGGUCCAGCACAGGAGGCAACAGAGUUGAGAUGGCUCUUGCAGAUCCCCCUUGGGAUUUCUCCCCACCUUCCUUCCUGGAGUCCUCUUCUCCCAAGGUUCCUAGCUGGAGGUCCUCAAGGGCGAGACCACGCUGGAGCCAGUCCCCUCCUUCCCAGCAGCGCAGUGACGGUGAAGAAGAGGAAGAGAUGGCCAGCUUCAGUGGACAGAUGCUUGCUGGGGAGCUUGACAAUCCCAUGAGCAUCAUCCCAGACUUCCCAAUGUACCUGGCUUGCCCACAGGAGGAAGAUGAGGUGACAGCAGCAGAGGUGGCCAUGCCAGCAGCCGGGGACGAGAGUAUCUCUUCCUUGAGUGAACUGGUGCGGGCUAUGCACCCUUACUGCCUGCCCAACCUCACUCACCUGGCAUCACUGGAAGAUAAGCUUCCGGAACAGUCUGAAGAGUUGACGUUGCCUGAGGGUUGUGUGGUGCUGGAGAUUGUGGGCCAGGCGGCCACAGCUGCUGAUGGCCUGCAGAUACCAGUUGUGGUUCGGCAGGUCCCCACUGGACCCGAAUCUGUGCUCCUAGGUGACCCAUUGCAGCUACUUGUGCCCACGCCAGACUCAGAGACGGAGCCUGCCAUGCCCACAGUGGCUCCUUGCCCUGAGAAAGAAGAGUUGUUGCUGGACUCUGCUUGCUCCUUGGAGCCCAGAGAGGCUAUGGUGUCAUUGGCUUCCAGUGGGCUUCAGACCCCACCUCCCAGUACAGUGCUGGGUCUUCAGAAAGCUCGGAAAGGCAGGAGGAAGAAGAGCAAGGAGCAGGUGGCAGCUGGUGUGGAGGUCUACACCAGGAGGCUGAGGUCUUCCUCUCGUGGACAGGCUGCUGUGACUGCUGACGGGAUCUCUCAGACUGGCAGCUUGCAGGAGCACCCUCCGGAAGAGCUUCAGAGAGAAGCUGGGUCUCCUCAGGGAAGGGGGAAGCCUCGGGCUUGGGCGCGAGCCUGGGUAGCUGCUUUGGAGAAGCCUAGCUCUGGGAAUGUGGAGAGAAGCGCUGCACAAGACAGUCUUGCUAAAGAAGAUCCUCUGGACUUGUAUUCUAAGCUGGUUGACACAGUCCAGGCCAAUGCUGUUCCAGCCUGUCUCCCAUUGCCUGACCCUGCUCAAGCUGCCCCCAUGCCAGGUGACCCUGUUGAAGCCAGUCCCAGUGCUGUGAGCCCUGCUCUUGCUGAUCCUAUACCUGGUGAGGUGGCCUUAGCCAGCUCCCAGCUCGUUGGCGCUCUCCCUGCUGACCCAGUCCUUGCUGCCUCAGGAGCAGUUGAUCCCGUGGUGGUGGUUCCCAUCUCGGAUAACUUGUCACCAGUUGAUGCUGUCCUAGCUGAUCCAGUGCUAGUUGACUGUGUUCCUAAUGAGGUGGCUCUGGCUGAUCCUGUGCUAGUUAAUUCGCGACCAACUGACCCCAGACGUGGGGCAGUGUCAUCAGCCCAGGGAAGUCCAGCUUCCCAAGUACCCCUGGACUCAGAGACUUUGGACCCCUUAAAGACUGUCAUCCCUGAAGUCAAGGAGGUUGGUCCUCUAAAGGCGGAAAGGGGUACCAGUGCUGCUACCCAGGAAACCAAACCUCGGCCUCUUAGCCUAUCUGAGUACCGGCAACGAAGGCAGCAACGGCAGGCAGAGGCUGAAGAGAGGAGUUCCCAGCCCCCAGCUGGGAAGUGGCCAAGCCUGCCAGAGACCCCCACAGGGCUGGCAGACAUCCCUUGUCUUGUCAUCCCGCCAGCCCCAGCCAAGAAGACAGCCCUGCACAGGAGUUUUGAAACUCCUCUUGACGCUGGCUGUGUGCCUGUGGGUCCCAGUGCUGCUUCUCCUGGCCCUGAGCCUGCAAGCAAACCUGGGGGUUCAGUUCUCCCUGAGCAGGUGCCACCUGAAGAGGUGCCACUGACAACAAAGCCUUCCCUCCCUACUGUGCAGUCCGUGUCCCCGGCCGCUCCUGCACCCGCUCCUCCCUUAGUGGCUGCUGCUCUGCAUCUCACCCCAGGUGGCCUGGGCAUGCCCCCGAUGGUGCCCCUCCCUGCAAGCAGGCAAGGGGUCCCCAGUCUCCCCCCUGCUCCCUUGCACCCUCCUAGCCUUCCAGUGACCCUGGGGCCUGUGCCUCCUGAUCCCUAUACUCCCUAUGCCCAUGUGCCACCCUGGCCUUGUUAUCCCCCUAUGUCCCCUUCGGGGUACCCUUGUCUGCCUCCCCCUCCAGUGGUGCCCCUAGUGUCUGGUACCCCUAGCACCUAUGCUAUGCCCCCCACUUGUAAUGUGCCUUGGGUGUCCCCUCCUGCCCCAGUCUCACCUUAUAGUUCCAGCUGUACCUUCAGGCCUAUGGGAUGGAGCCCAGGCACACAGCACCCGCCCUUCUGGCCAGCUGUUCCCCCACCUCCUUUGAUUCCAGCCUCUGUUGGGAGAGAGAUUCCUCUACCCCCAGUGGAGCCCAGUGCCAUUCCAGCUGGCUUUCCUGAAAAUGUACUUCCGGCCCCUUCCCUCAGUCUUGGGCCAGCUGGCCUUAGAGCUCCACAGAUGGAGGCCUUCAAGGUGGAAGUCAAGUCAGUGCCUGUGUCUCCCCACGUGAAACACAAGGUAUCCAUGGUGCCGAGCCCCUGGACCAAGGCCCCGCCAUGUCUGUCUGCUGAAGGUGUGUCUGUGGAGGAGCCUGCGUCAGAGGUGUUAAAGCCUGAGACCCAAGAGGUGACCCCCAAGGAGAAGGCCCUCUACCCUGCUUUCAGGGCUGUUCCUGUACAGAGGCAGAACUCUGCCCCCAAGCUGCCAGCUGUCCACCCGGCCCGUCUAAGGAAGCUGUCCUUUCUGCCCACCCCACGUACACAGGGUCCCGAGGAUGUAGUGCAGGCUUUCAUCAGUGAGAUUGGGAUUGAGGCAUCAGACUUAUCCAGUCUGCUGGAGCAGUUUGAGAAGUCAGAAGCCAAAAAGGAAUGUCCUCCCCUGGCUCCUGCUGAUGGUACCACUGUAGGAGACUCAGGCAACGUUGACACUCCCCAGGAGAAGAGGCCCCUAGACCGGUUACAAGCCCCCGAGCUGGCCAACGUGGCAGGCCUCACCCCUCCAGCUACCCCUCCCCACCAGUUAUGGAAGCCCCUGGCUGCCGUUCCACUGCUGGCCAAAGCCAGAUCUCCCAAGUCCACCGCCCAGGAGGGAACCCUGAAGCCUGAAGGAAUUACGGAGGCCAAACAUCCAGCUGCAGCCUGCCUCCAAGAAGGGGUCCGUGGCCCUAGUCCCAUCCAUGUGGGCUCCGGGGAUCAUGACUAUUGUGUUCGGAGCAGGACACCUCCCCAAAAGAUGCCUGCCCUAGUCAUUCCAGAGGUGGGCUCCCGAUGGAACGUCAAACGUCAUCAGGACAUCACCAUUAAACCUGUCCUGUCCCUGGGCCCAGCUGCUCCCCUGCUCCCAUGCACCGCUGCCUCCCUGGAGCCACUUGAUCACAGGACUAGCAGUGAGCAGGGGCCUCCCCCAGCUGUUUGCCUUGCCCCAUCCCCCUUGCUGUCUCCUGAGGCCUCGCCCUGCCGGAAUGACAUGAACACUAGGACUCCCCCUGAGCCCUCAGCCAAGCAGCCGUCCAUGCGCUGUUACCGAAAAGCCUGCAGGUCAGCCAGCCCCCCAGGCAGGGGCUGGCAAGGCCGUCGUGGCCACAGCAGCCGGUCUGUCAGCUCUGGGUCCAGCCAGACCAGUGGAGUGUCUUCCUCAUCCUCACCGUCGUCUUCCUCAUCCCGGUCCCGGUCCAGGUCCCGGUCCCGGUCCCGGUCCAGGUCCCUCUCCCCCCCACACAAGAGGUGGCGAAGGUCCAGUUGCAGCUCCUCUGGACGUUCCCGAAGAUGCUCCUCCUCGUCUUCCUCUUCCUCCUCAUCUUCAUCCUCCUCAUCCAGUUCCCGAAGCCGUUCUCGCUCCCCAUCCCCCCGCCGGAGAAGUGACAGGAGGCGGCGGUACAGCUCGUAUCGUGCUCAUGACCAUGACCAAAGGCAGCGAGUGCUGCAGAAGGAGCGUGCAAUAGAAGAGAGAAGGGUGGUCUUUAUUGGGAAGAUACCUGGCCGCAUGACUCGGUCGGAGCUGAAACAGAGGUUCUCUGUUUUCGGAGAGAUUGAGGAAUGCACCAUCCAUUUCCGUGUCCAGGGUGACAACUACGGCUUCGUCACUUACCGCUAUGCUGAGGAAGCAUUUGCAGCCAUCGAGAGUGGCCACAAGCUGCGGCAGGCGGAUGAGCAGCCGUUUGACCUCUGCUUUGGGGGCCGCAGGCAGUUCUGCAAGAGAAGCUAUUCUGAUCUUGACUCCAACCGGGAAGACUUUGACCCUGCUCCUGUAAAGAGUAAAUUUGACUCUCUUGACUUUGACACAUUGUUGAAACAGGCCCAGAAGAACCUCAGGAGGUAACCCUGGGCUCUUCCCCCUCCUUUGUUCUUGGAGGUAUCUAGCCUCCUCUAUCCCCCUCCCUGACUCUAGGGGAGAGAGCUGCUAGUGAGAUGACUGUUUUAUAAAGAAAUGAAAAAAAGUGAAAUAAAAAUAUGUUAAAUCAGA